AUGCCCCCCGCACCGGGCAGCAGCAACGGCCCGUCGGCGUCGAGCUCGGCCGCGCCGACCGCGUCCCCACCGCAGAACGCCGCCGCCGCCGCUAACGAUGCCAGCGAAAAGGUGUCGCGGCGACGGAUCAGCCAUAUCUCCAAGGCGUGCAAUGGGUGCCGGCGGAGGAAGAUGAAGUGCGAUGGUGCGCAGCCGUCCUGCUCGAUCUGCAAGGUAUACAACGAGCAGUGCGUCUACAACCCCGAGCAGGACGGGCGGAGGUCGGCGCCAAAGGCGUACGUCUCGGCGCUGGAAGACCGCAUCCGCCUGCUCGAGGGCGCGCUCCGCGCCCACGGGAUCAACGACGAGUUGGGGCCAGGGCCGACGGGUACUGCGGGCGGCGCUGGGAAUAGCACAGCCGUUAAAGUCAAGACGGAGCGCCUGGACGACGACGACUUGGAGCGGAGGGACCGCGAGCGCGAGUCGGCUAGCGUUCCGUUGGGAGCGGGAGUGGGCGGCGGCGGCGCCGAUAGGGAUAGGCUCAAGAUCGACGAAGAGACGGGCGAGCUCCACGACUUUGGGCCUUUCUCCGUUGUCAAGGCCGUGACUGACUCGUCGGCCACGCAAUCGUCGCCAUCAGACCAGGGCGUGUCGACAACUGGCACCGGGCAUGAGCGAGUUGCGCUCCUUGUCCCAAGAUAUCCCAACCUGCCUACGCUGGGCACGCCAGAGCUCGAUGACUGGACACACGAAGAGGUCUUGCGGCUCUUCUUCAACUACUACAAUGCGCAAUGCUACUGGGUCAACGAGCGCGGGUUCAGGAGGGACCUUCUGGCAUCGCCUACAGUCGAGGGGACAAUCAUCCGCCCACGACGGACACCAUACUACUCGCCCAUGCUGCAUAACAUCCUGCUGGCCAUGGGUGUGGGCUUCUUGAACGUCGACAAGAAGGUGCGCGAGCAGCUGGCUCUUGCCUUUGGCGCCAGAGCAAAGGCACUGCUCGAGGAGGAGACGGAGCAAGCAAUGCUCAGCACCGUGUCGGGCGUGCUGCUACUCGCAACCUUCCACGCGAGUUUGUCACGCCACUCGCUUGGUUUCAUCUACACUGGCGUCGGGAUGCGUUUGAUUCAGGCUUUGGGCAUGGGCUCGAGCUGCGCCGCGUGGGUUGCAAACGGCUCCAUCAGCGAGGAGACAAUGCAGCACCGGUACAAUGUCUUCUACGCGAGCUACAUCCUGGACAAGUUCUGGAGCACAUAUGUCGGACGACCAGCCAGCCUCAAGUGGGCCGAUCACGACAUCCCCCUACCAGCACCAGAUGCACGCGAGGACGAGGUCCUGUUCUACCCAGUUGUGCACCCGCACUCGCCGCAGCAGCAGCACCAGGCCCAGCAUUCCAUUGCGCACAUUCAGUCGUUUGAGGCCUUUGCGGCGCAACACGGCGCUGGAACAGGCACCGACGGCUUCCUGCCACGCGUGUCGCAGCAGAGUCUCGACCUUAGCCAGGAGAUCACCAGCCAGUCGUCGCAGGCACGAUUCCAGAGCCACUUUACCCCACCACCAACAUUUGGCUCGCCGGUCAAGGGAUGGCGGAGCACUACGUGGCACUGGCUCGUCAAGUUGUGUAUCAUCGUCGAGCGCGUCAUUGGAACGGUGUAUUCGUCUGGCUUCACUACGGCGUCGCCAAGCGUGCAGCGCGCGAUUUCAGACAUUGAUAUUCAACUGCAGAAAUGGCAUGACGGCCUGCCGGCGCCGCUCCGCCUUCCGGCUUCAACGGCAGCGACAUCCUACCCCCCAGCAAACGACACGCCGGCCAUCCCCAACCACAUUCUCGUCAUGCACUCGUACUACUACUUUUGCAUCAUCCUCGUCCACCGCCCGUGGUUUGCGCACAUCGAGUCGGCCUCACGCGACGGCCCGAUCGAUUCGAGCAUUGAGAAGUGCGAGAAGGCGGCACAGGGCGUGAACAACAUUCUUGUGCUGUACAACCGCAGUCUCGGCCUCCGCUACGCCCCAAUCACCUUCUCCCAGGUCAUCUUUACGACCGGCACAGUGCACCUUCUCUCGGCGAUCCAUGGCAAGCCCAGACGACGAAAGGCUGCGUUCGAGGCUGUCCAAACCUGUAUCGUGGCUCUCGAGGACCUGGGCGACACGUGGAAGUGCGCGGCGGCCUCGGCACAUGCCCUUCAACAGCUGCUCGUCGAGUCAUUCCAGAACCAGUCCAAGCCAUCAACCAACGAGCCUGAGCCGACCGAGGAGGAGAAGAAGGCCAACGAGCUCGAGGAGAUGCUCCGAGACCCGGCUGUCAAUGAGCACUUGAAGAAGCUUGGCUGGAUGCCACCAAACCUCGACACGUCGCAGCAGCAGCCGAUGCAAUUGUUCGGGCCAUCACCACCCCAACCUUUUGGCGCGAGAACGAUGAGCGACUCGCCGACCAACAUCGCAGUAUCGCCUGUGACGGUCAACUGGCCGCUGUACCAGGCACUGCAGUUCCAGACUUCACAGCCAGGACUCCAUCCACAGGCGUUCCCACAAGCGCCACCAGUUGGCGGGCCGAUGGGUGACAACAGACAAUCCCAGCCGAACGCUGGGGCUGAGGCGCCGGUUCCAGCGCAGCUCGAGGACGGCGUGAACAAGAACGGCAGCGUGCAGCAGCAACAACAGCAGCAGCAGAACUUGGUGUUCCAGGCGCUGUACGCUGGUGCGCCGCACCAGCUGUUCCAGACGGGCAACUACUGGUCGUGGCCAUUUACGCCUACCGACAUCCACGGCAGCGAGGAGCAGAGGCGUAGUCAGUAGUGAGAGGCCCGGGUGGCGCAGUCUGAGCGAGUGAGGGGCGACGCCGACCGACGAGGUGAAAAGUAGUUUGGAAGGGGGCUUGGGACCCCGCGUAAUGUUGUAACCGCGAGCAUGGGGACAUGCAAGCACCACUUGUGAAGAGUAUCCUGAUAAAAUGCAGCAGCACCAGCAAGUUCAUGCAGCAUUAAA